CCUAAAUCAAACAGUCUUUUCACUUAAGACCCAUGUUAUAAACCCCCAAAAAACGAGGUUUUUCUCCGCCGUGAAAUCAGUGUUUCCGGCGGUCUUUUGUUUUCAACAGUUCAUCAAUCCGCCUUCGCUACCCAUUUCCGUUUAAAUAAUGUCGUUACCGGAUGAAGAGAUCACGAAGCUGCAUAGAGUUCGAAAAACGUGCUUUGAAAUGCUGAAAGACCGUGGCUAUGAGAUUGAGGAUUCUGAAAUAAACAUGACAAGAAAGGAAUUCAUUGACAAGUAUAACGGGACCAUUCAAAGGGAGGAUCUUACUUUUCUGAAAACUAAACCAGACAACAGUGAUCCGAUUUAUGUUUUCUUUCCCGAUGAUCUGAAGAUUGGUGUAAAGAUAAUCAAGAAUUAUGUACUUCGUAUGGAAAGUGAGAAGAUACGAAGAGCAAUUAUAGUUGUUCGAAUUGGGAUGACUCCUAGUGCCAAGGCAUGCCAGGCUGAGAUAGCAGGAAGGUUUCGAGUGGAAGUUUUCCAGGAGGCGGAGCUGCUAGUUAACAUCAGAUAUCAUGAUCUUGUUCCUGAGCAUGUUCCAAUUACAGAACAAGAAAAGGUCGAAUUGCUCCAAAAAUACAACAUGAAAGCAGCACAGAUCCAAUCGCAGUUUCCUCGAAUAUUGCAUACAGAUCCAAUUGCCAGAUACUACGGGUUAAGUCGUGGUCAAGUUGUCAAAAUUCUGAGACCAAUCGAGACAGGAACGAGUGAGAAAGACAAGGAUGAUUUUGACUCCAACAAAAGAGAUCGUAAUGCAGAGAUCUGUUAUGUAAGCUACAGGGUAGUUUCCUGAUUUGGUGAACUUUGUCACGUCAAUUUGCUAUAUAGCCAGCAUUCUCAGUAUGCCACAAGCUUUCUCCAUUAACCUUUAUGAUCUUAUUAGAUUUGGUUGUAUGUGGUUUAUAGUGAAGGUGUAUGGGCAUGUAAGGUGGGUCGAUAAACCAUGGGUAAUGGGUUUUGGACAAAACGGGUCAAAUAAACCUGCCAGCUAUGAGUCCAACUUAUAAGUUUAGAAAGUAAUAAAACCAAUUAAAUACGACUAGAGAAACUA